UUCUUGUUCAGCACUUGAAACAUAUCUUCUCUAAAACCCUACUCUCUGCAUUUCUCUCGGUGGCGCGCUGCUCCCGAUCCUGUGCCCUAAAGCCGCAAGAUGAGAUAUUCAUGGCGUCUCCUCCGUUUGCGAUCUCAUCUCCGUUCUCAGCUCCGUAUUUCAUCCAACUCCUCGCAUUUUCAGGUACUCUCCGAUCCAAAUCUGCAAUCACUUCGCUCUCUAUCUUCACUGCUUCAUAGCAAUCCUGCUCACGGCUCGGUGUCGCCGCCCAUUUCCGAUUCCCACUUCACAAACUUCGUAAAACCCGGAUACGGCCUGGCUCGAACGUUCUCGUCCGAACCGGCGAUUGAACAGAAGGAGUCUGAUCACGCGGUUGUGUCUGAUAUUUUCUCUAAAUCUAGGGAUGCGGAUGAAAUUAGGAAAGAUUUAGAGUCGAGUAGUAUUGUUGUUAGUCACGAUUUGGUGUUGGAGGUGUUGGGGAAGCUCGAGUCGAACCCUGACGUUGCUGUUAGAUUUUUUGAUUGGGUUUCGGGGAAUUAUGGCGAGAAACUUAGCUCUAAGUCGUAUAACUUGAUGCUGGGGAUGCUAGGUGUGAAUGGCUUUGUUAAGGAGUUUUGGGAUUUGAACUGUGAUAUGAAGAAGAAGGGCUAUGGGAUAUCUAAAGGUGUACGUGAUAAAGUAUUGGAGAAGUUUGAGGAGGAUGGAUUUGGGAGUGAAGCUGAGAAGUUGAGAGAUGUGUUUGCUUCAGGAUCAAUUGACAAGUCUCCUGAAAAGAUUGGCUCAAUCGUUUGCAAACUUAUCAGGAAUAAAGUGUGGGGAGAUGAUGUUGAGCAGCAAUUGCGUGAUAUGAGUGUUCCUUUUUCUGGUGAUAUGGUUAAGAUGAUAUUGGAGAAUCUUUGCACAGAACCGGCAAAAGCAUUUAUAUUUUUCUGCUGGAUUGGUGAGAGUGGAAUGUUUAAGCACGAUGAGCAAACUUAUAAUGCCAUGGCAAGGGUGUUGGGAAGGGAAGAUUCUAUUGAUAGGUUUUGGAAAGUGGUUGAUGAGAUGAGGAGCCAUGGUUAUGAAAUGGAGGUAGAGACAUUUGCCAAGGUUUUGGGACGAUUUUGCAAACGAAGAAUGAUCGAAGAAGCUGUAAAUUUGUAUGAGUUUGCAAUGGCAGGAAGUAAUAAGCCUUCGGUUGAUUGUCUUACUUUUCUGUUAAAGAAAAUAGCAGUUAGUAAGCACUUAGAUCUUAGUCUAUUCUCAAGGACAUUGAAGGUAUUUACAGAAGCAGGAAAUGCAGUGACGGAUCCUAUGGUUUUUGCAGUUCUCAAGUCUUUGUCUACUGUUGGUAGGAUUGGAGAGUACAAUCAGGUUUUAAAUGCAAUGAAAGAGUAUGGAUAUGUAUUUAGUGAUGGCUUGAAGACAAAGGUAGCAUAUCAACUUAGUAGUAACGGAAAAAGUGAUGAAGCAAAUGAUUUCAUGGACAAUAUUGAAGCUUCUGGAUGUGAUCCAGACAACAAGACCUGGGUAUCUAUGGUAGAAGGCCAUUGUGUUGCUGGAGAUCUUGGUAAGGCUUCUGACUGCAUCCACAAAAUGGUUGAAAAGGAAGGGGUUUCUUCUGCUGGAUAUGCUUUGGAUUUAAUCGUAAAUGCUUACUCUCAGAAGAAGCGUGAAACUGAUGCCAGCCGUCUUCUCUGUGACCUUGUUGAUGGAAAACAACUAAAACCAUGGCACUCUACAUAUAAAUCAUUGAUAAACAAGCUAUUGGUUCGGGGGGCAUUCAAAGAAGCUUUGAAAAUGUUGGAGUCGAUGAGAAAUCAUGAAUUCCCACCAUUUAUCGACCCGUUUAUUGCGUAUGUAUCAAAGUCAGGAACAAUUGAUGAUACCAUUGGUUUCUUAAAGGCCAUGACAUCAAAGAGGUUUCCUUCUACUUCGGUGUAUCUCCAUCUGUUUGAAGCAUUUUUCCAGGCUGGGAGGCAUGCCGACGCGCAAGACUUCCUUUCGAAAUGCCCAAGUUACAUUCGUAAUCAUGCUGAUGUUUUGAAUCUUUUUUACUCCAUGGUGAAGCCUGUGGAAGCUGCUGCUCCCCCAAAUCUGGCUUCUUAGUCUUCAUAGGACGUCUCUCCAUAGUGUAGUUUACGAGGUUUCAUUGUGGUAUUUGAUCAAUUUAAAAGGUUUUGUUUCAAAUAUUUCAUCUUUUUCUCGAAAUUUGUUGACCCAAUGGAGCAUGAUUAGAUUAACUUCUUUGUGGAGAAUAAAAGUCAAGGAAAAAACUUAUUUGUGGAGCAUGAUCAAGCUGGAAGCUCGAGUUUCCACUUCGUUUCGUUUC